CCUUAAAUUUAAUACCAAAAUCCGGUGAACCUCAGCAGCCUACAACUUCCAAAGUAUCCCUUCAUCUCGUUUGGAAUGCACUGAUAUUUUUUUAAACCGUAGUAUGUUGUUAUUAUUAAUAUUAUUGUUAUUAUUAUUCGGCGGGCAACCUCACACAACCAGAUUUACUGCUCGGGAAAUGUGCACAAAGAAAUCCAGAUACCACAAUCUGUUGUGAGGUUCUGAUCUGGAAACUAGGCGUUUUAAGAGGUAAAUAUAUAUUUAAACUUCAAGAAAAUAAACAGUAGUUUACAAACAAAAUCAGAAUAUUUUAAAAAAUGUUGUUGAUUAGACUACUGGCUGUCUUCCUCGUCAUCAUCACUAACUCGUGGCUGUUAAACCCGGUUGGCACCGAUGCGUUAAGCCGGCACAAGCGUGCCAUGGGCCGGCGCGCAGACCGCGAGCUCUCCAGGGCAGCAGGUGAACCCUGCUCCGUUUCUGGCUUGUGGAGGUCCCGGCGACAGCCCCGCUCCCUCUCUCCGUCCCAACACCGCCCUCCAGUGGCUCGCUCCAUUGUGCACACAAGUCGGAUAGACCCGUACAGCGCUCCUGAGUUGUGCGCGGGAGGCUGCGUUAGAUUUGACAGCGGGGCGCACCGGCUGGCUCCACGGAGGGAGGAGAAGAAGGACGAGAAGGAGGGAGGCUGGAGCGACCCUGAAGAUGUAGCCUGGGAGGAAGCGGAGGAUGGAUAUGACGACGUAAAGGUGAAAAUUCGCUCUGUAAAUGACGCCAAAAAGAGCUCCUCAGUGCGCCGCGCGCGUUCUACCUCCAGGAUUGCGCGCAGCCACGGCGCGACGCCUCGCCGCGAGGAGGACAACAACUCCAGCUGGGAAGAAGUUUUCUCCUCCGCUUCCAAGGGGUUCCACGUCCUACACAGACUUCAGAAAGAAGGAGACCAGAAAUCCCCGGCGGGGACACUGGAGGACGGGACUGAGGACUACUCCGGGGAGCUGAGGGACUCGGACCCGCCCUCCUCCACCCGGGCCGUCGGCAGCUCCUAUGCCUGGGGGAGCCCUGUUCCCAAAGUGCCUCCUUCUUGGAUGAGCGCUCUGUACUUCAGCGGGCGGAGGGAGCAGCUGAAGCUGAAGCCCACUGCAGGAGUGGAGGUGCCAAAGGAGGAGUUCAGCCUGGAGCUGUGGGUGAAGCCUGAAGGAGGUCAGAGCAGCCCGGCGAUUAUAGCAGGUGUAUUUGACAACUGUUCCCAUUCCCUGAGCGAGAAGGGCUGGUCAGUAGGUAUUCGCACGCUCAAACCGGCAGGCACCAAAGAGGCACGCUUCUUCUUUACGCUUCGUACAGACAGAGCUCUGAAGUCCACCACCAUCUACAGCCACCACCGGUACAGAGCCAAUGUCUGGACGCACCUGAUGGCCACUUACAACGGUCACAACAUGACCCUGUACGUUGAUGGAGCUAAGGUGGGAGAAAGCAGCCUCCAGUCUGGGGAUUUGUACAGCACCUUCAUGAAGACAUGCAGAACACUGUUCCUUGGAAAGAACCAAUUAGAACAGGGCCACAGCUUCAGAGGCCACAUAGCGGGUGUGGUGUUGUGGGGUUAUGCCCGGUCUCACGAGGACCUCCUGAGGAGGCCACUUCAGAUUGAUAAAAGUGACCCGAUCCUGGUGAUGUGGACUGACUUCACUCAUGUGGAACACUUGUGGACUCCGUAUAAAGAUGGCCUACACCCCACCGUCAUCACCACUCCUGUCCCUGAACAGGAGCUUGUCUCCACGUACCUGCCGCCCCCCUGUGGCCUGACGCUCUGUGACAACACAGACAUCAUUUUCAGCUACAACAGCAACUGGCAGCUUCGGGCCCAUAAGCAAGUUCGGUACAGGAUUGUCAACCUCUCCAAUGAUGAUGGGGGAGACCCUGCUGUGUCACAAGAACAGAUCCAGCUCCAGCACUUGGCGCUGAACGAUGCCUUUCAACCUUACAACAUCACCUUUGAGCUUAGUGUACACACUGUCCAAAACUCAACCUUGCGACAGAGAUUCAUUUUAAGCAACUGUCGAAUAGAGAAGAUAGGGAAUCGACAAUGUGACCCUGAGUGUGACCACCCGAAGACAGGUCAUGAUGGAGGGGACUGCCUCCGCCUGGGACCCUGUUACAACUGGAAGAGACAAGACGGUGUUUGUAACAUGGAGUGUAACAGUAUACAGUAUGACUACGAUGAUGGAGACUGCUGUGAUCCAGACGUCAAUGACGUCCUCACGACAUGCUUUGACCCUGAGUCACCUGACAGAGCCUAUAUGAGUGUGAAAGAGCUAAAAGAAGAGCUACAUCUGAGCAGCGCAGACACGCUCAACGUUUUCUUUGCCAACAACUCGGUUCGGGAGGAGCUGGCAGGAGCAGCAACCUGGCCAUGGGCAAAGGAGGCUCUGAGUCACCAAGGUGGGAUGGUGCUGAACCCCUUGUACUUCGGUACAUCUGGUCACCAUAACACUAUGAUUCAUGAGAUGGGCCACAUCUUUGGAUUGUAUCACGUUUUCAAGGGGGUGAGCGAACGUGACUCCUGUGAUGACCCCUGUCAGGAGACUACUGCAUCCAUGGAAACUGGAGAUCUUUGUGCUGACACUGCACCAACACCAAAAUCCAAAGCCUGCCACGAUCCUGGAGCCGUUAACGAUACCUGUGGUGUAACUUUUUAUCAGGACACACCUUAUAACAACUACAUGAGUUACACAGAUGACAACUGUACAAACCAUUUCACACCCAACCAGGCAGCACGGAUGCACUGUUAUAUCGACUUGGUGUACCAGAACUGGCUGACAGCCCAUCACCCUGCCCCAGUUCCUCUGAGCCCUGUAGUGACGGGACAGAGCUUGGAUUCUGUCUCCAUCUAUUGGCUAUCACCAGUAAGAGGACCGCUAUACCAAAGCUCCUUAUUCCAUGUGUUUGGGAUCAAUUGUGGCGACUGUGAGAAAGAUGGCGUGUUCCACCAGUACGCCUAUGAGGCUUCCUCACCUCGUAUUUGUGACACGUCAGGCUACUGGACACCUGAAGAAGCUGUUGGCCCUCCAGAUGUGGAGCAACCAUGUGAGCCGAGCCUCCAGGCGUGGAGUCCUGAGCUAAGCCUUUAUGAUACUAAUGUCACAUCACCAUGCCCGGAUACAGAAGGCUGCACCCUGACAUUGAGAUUUCUCUAUCCCAUCGUUCCACGUGCACUUACCCUUUGGGUCACUUACAUCUCCAUCAAGAAUCCCUCCCUUGCCAACAUAGAGCUGAUCACAGACAUGGGCAAAGUUAUUAACCUCGGACCACAACAUGUCUUCUGCGAUGUUCCUCUUACUUUACGCCUCAACACCCACAGCGCCGCCAUUGCAGCUAUAAAGCUUUGCACUUUUGAUGAAAAGAUGGAGAUUGAUGCUGCCAUGUUGUCUUCAGGCACAGGCAGCCCAUUGUGCUCUGGAUGUCGAUCUUUGCUGUACCGGAUUCACCGGCAGCCACCAUUCACCAAGUCUCCCUCACUGCAGACCCAACAAACAUUCACUGACAGCACUGUGAGGCAAGGCAUGCAGUACCAAUACACCAUUGAGGUAGAAGCAGAUGGUCUUUUAAGCAAUCCUUCUCCACCUCUCCUCUAUGUCCACGGACAGUCCUACUGUGGCGAUGCUCUCAUUCAGGGGACAGAAGAGUGCGAUGAUGGCAAUCUGCUAGAUGAUGAUGGCUGCUCGAAGAAAUGCAGCAAGGAAGUGGGCUUCAACUGUAAUGGUGAACCCAGUCAGUGUUAUGUUUUCGAUGGUGACGGUGUGUGUGAGGAGUUUGAGCGUGGCUCAAGUGUUCAGGACUGUGGUUAUUUCACACCGCUGGGCUACAUGGACCAGUGGGCAUCUACUGCCACGGCUUCUCACCAGGAUGUCAAAGGAUGCCCCGCCCAUGCUGCCACCGGGGAGCCGUCACUUACCAAGUUGUGCAGGUAUCAUCACCUGAAGGUGAGAGACCAGCCACCAUUUGAUGCCUGGUUCCCAUGUACCGCCCAGUCUGACACAAAUAAUGGCCUGGAACAUUCAUUUUGGCUCAAGGUGGGAUUUGUGUAUCCUGGAGUAGCAGCCUCUGUGAUGGUGUACUUGGCUUCAGAUGGGUCUUGGUCGGGGGAACUGUGUCGGAGGACAGUGACCGUCCUGCUUUCAGAUACCGCUGGCAGGAAUCACUCUCUUGGUACGCACGAUGUCUCAUGCCAUCAGAAUCCGUUAGUGGUGAAUGUGACCCAUGACCUCUCUCGACCGUUCUUCCUCACAACAUCUGUCACCCUCCUCUUCUCCUCCCCCUCUGUGGCUGUUGGAGGUGUGGCCUUGAGGACAUCCUGUCACUUCAGCACCUUCGCCCUGACUGGUAAUUGUUUGCGUCAGCCGUGUCAGAUGGACAGCUGCACUCCUCCCAGUCUGGAACAUGCCACUGUCAGGUGUACGGGUAGAGUGGACGCCUCUCAUUGCCUUGUGCAGUGUCACCGUGGUUUCAGCCUGACUGUACUCAGUGGCAGAGAAAUCCCACCCCACAAGAGAGAGAUGGACCUGGAAUGUUUUCAUGGAUCAUGGGACAGUGUUGUUACCUGUCAGCCUGUUGACUGUGGCCUGCCUGAUCAGUCUCAUGUCUACCAUGCCAUAUUCAGCUGCCCCUGGGGGACCACCUUUGGCAAACAGUGCUCUUUCACCUGUGGAUCACCAGCAAUACUCCAGGGUGACAGUGACAGGUUGGUGUGUUUGGAGGAUGGUCUCUGGUCUUUCCCAGAGGCGUACUGCAAGAUCGAGUGUGCAGAGGCUGCGACUCUACCCGAUGCCAAGCUGUUAACGGCAGAAUGCCUCACCUCAGGGCACAAUAUUGGCUCUGUGUGUCGUUACAAAUGCAACCCAGGCUUCUACGUAAUUGGAAGCCUGAAGAAGAAGACAGCAAGGAAGUACUUCAAAUUGGAGUGUCUAGAAGGAGGACUGUGGGAGGAAAGUGGCUGUGAACCAAUAUCCUGCCCCCUAUUACCUGAUGUAUUCCAGGGCAUGUACACUUGUACCAAUGGUCUGUACUAUGACACGGUCUGUACACUGCAGUGCCCGGACAUAACAGAAAAGAGUGUGAUUCGCUGCACAAAGGAUGGCGACUGGACGGCAGAGUUUACCAUGUGCUCGAGGCUGCAGGGAUCCUGUUCCCCUCCUCCUGAUCUUAACUCUAUAGAGUACAUCUGUGACCAAGAGAUGGAUGUCGGGGCUGUUUGCAUCCCAACAUGCAUUGUUGCCCUGGACAUGGAUCUGCAUGACCCUGUGGUUCUGCCCAAUGGCACUACAGCUAACACUGUGAAGCACUGGAUGCUGCCCACCAAAGUCCAGAGUAUAGUGUGCACAGGGAUGAAGAAGUGGUACCCCGACCCUCAACAUAUCCACUGCAUCCAAUCCUGUGAGCCCUUUGGAGGAGAUGGUUGGUGCGACACCAUCAACAACCGUGCAUACUGUCAGUAUGAUGGAGGAGACUGCUGCUCAUCAACACUCUCCACCAAAAAGGUCGUUCAGUUUGGAGCAGACUGCAAUCAGGAUGAGUGCACUUGCCGUGAUCCGGACGCUGCGGAGAAUAAGAGCAAAGCGAAGCACUUGGAAGGAAGAGCAGGAACACGGUGAAGUGAGAGGAUGAAAGAAGCUCUGCUUGUUCCCAAAUACACUCAAACCACAGGCUACACAGGCUGGACUUACACAAUAAACAAUACAGUUUUUUUUAACCAUCUGAUAAUGUGAAGAAUAUGAUCAGUUCAUGAUAAACAAAAGUCAUUUUACCAGUGUGUGAAAAGCCAAUCUGGUUCUGCUUCAGUCAUUAAAAUAACAUCCACAAAUCCACCAAUGUUUUGUUUUCCUGUUAGGAAGUUGAGUUUAUCUCUGCGGAUGGAUUUGUGGAAGAGCUGACAUUUAUGUUUUGGAUUUAGUAAUAAACUGCUUUUGAGAAAAACAAAAAACAAGACACACGCACACACAAGGAGGUUUCAAAGUAGCUAUAAAAUUCACUCUAAACUAAGACACCACAAUUGGAUUAAGUCACUAAACGUAAUUGCCUGAAAGGAUUUUCGGGAGUCAAUUACUCUUGCAAAUGUAGCUGCAGCACCUGUACAAUCAUUUAUGCUAACAACAGCUGGCAUAUCAUCAUAACGUCAAAGAACCCCAUUCAGUUCAUAUCAGUCAUGGAGAUUUAAGUUUACCGUCACCCAUCUCAAAUUUAAAUGUUAAGGACCCGAACUUGGUGAUCUCUAGUUCAGUCUAAAUCACAUAGUGCAUGUGUAUUCCACUUUGCCAUUGACAUAGCAUGUAAUCUGAGUGCAAGGUAAGGUGCAGUGGCACAGGGUAGUGUUUAGUCCCUUAGUACUUAGUCAUGGGUGUGUUUUGGGUUUCAUCUGGUACAUUGCUAUUCAAGUAAUCCAGCACAGCUCCCUGAGGUGAAACAUUCUUUCUCCUCAUAUCCAUAUUCCACCAGGUGCAGACAGCCCCCUCCAGUACUACAACGUUAACUCCACUAGGCAAUUUAGCCAAUUAGGCAUACUUUUUUUGUAAUUUUUCCAUUUAGUUUUUAACUUUCAUUUUGUUGUUAAUUUUUGUUUUGGACCCAGUUUCAUGGUAGCAUGAUGCACCAAUGCACACCCGUGUGUUCAGAGUGCACAGACGCCAUGAACCUGAAUAUAGUGCCAUGAAAGUAAAUAGUAGCUAAACUCUGGCCUCAACUUUGGACCAGAUUUUUGCUGUUCUGUUGUGCAGACACUUUCUGUUAUCACACAUUUAGCAAUCAACGUGCGCUGUACCUGACCACACCAACACACCCAUGAGUGUAGAAAUGAAAGUAAUUAUACUCGCGCUUUAAAAAGUGAGUGAUGGGUGUGAAAAUGACAGCUGUGUUGGCUGAAGUUGAGUGUCACUACACAGAAAUACUCCCAAAAUUCAUCCUGUCUUCUGUGAGCAGUACGAUAUGGAAGGACACACAUCUGUAAAGACUAACAUGUAUAGACUAAUAUAUUUUGACCAGUUAACAUAUAUACCAGACUAUGUAUGUUGCACAAGUGAAAUCUAUAUUUAUGUCACAAAUCCAUCAAGGUCAUCAAUUAUCUGUACAACACGAUGUGUGCACUGGGCUUCCC